AUGGCUGUCUCCGCACCUCCGGUGAUCUCUGCAACUUCCAGCGGUGCCGGCGUCCCAGGGGGCUUAUUUCGGGCAGAGACCUUGUACUCGACUCCCGGGGAGCCUCCCCGUCUCACCCCUAAUAUGAUCAACAGUUUCAUGGCCAAUAACCACAGCGGCAGCGCCGGGGGUGGCGGGAUCGGUGGACCCAGCGGAGGCAGCGGCAACACUAACACCGAGUGCAGGAUGGUCGACAUGCAUGGUGUGAAGGUGGCUUCGUUCCUGAUGGACGGUCAGGAACUGAUUUGCCUGCCUCAAGUCUUUGAUCUCUUCCUCAAGCACCUGGUGGGAGGGUUGCACACGGUGUACACCAAGCUGAAGAGACUGGACAUAUCCCCCGUGGUGUGUACUGUGGAGCAGGUCCGGAUCCUCCGCGGUCUGGGGGCCAUCCAGCCUGGGGUGAACCGCUGCAAACUUAUCACCAGAAAAGACUUCGAAACUUUGUUCACCGAUUGCACCAAUGCCAGAAGGAAGAGGCAAAUGACAAGAAAACAAGCUGUUAACAGUUCCAGGCCUGGCAGGCCUCCUAAGCGUUCUUUGGGAGUGUUGCAGGACAAUGCUCACCUUCUGCCCCAUUCAGUCCCCGGCCUUUUAUCACCAGGACUUAUCACUCCAACAGGUAUAACAGCUGCAGCAAUGGCUGAGGCAAUGAAACUGCAGAAGAUGAAACUUAUGGCAAUGAACACUCUUCAGGGAAAAGGAAACCAAAAUGGGACCGAAUCGGAGCCUGACGAUCUUAAUUCUAAUACUGGUGGAAGUGAAUCCUCCUGGGAUAAGGAUAAGAUGCAAUCUUCUCUUGCUGCUCCUGGACCCCAACAUGGACUUGCUCAUGCAACCCUUGCUAGCCAGCCAAGUCUUGGGGGUGCUCCUACCCUCAAUCCACUGCAGCAGAACCAUUUACUGACCAAUAGACUGGAUCUGCCAUUUAUGAUGAUGCCUCAUCCCCUACUUCCAGUCAGCUUACCUCCUGCAUCAGUUGCCAUGGCAAUGAAUCAGAUGAACCAUCUUAAUACUAUUGCCAACAUGGCUGCUGCAGCCCAGAUUCACAGUCCACUCUCCAGAGCUGGGGCCUCUGUUAUAAAGGAACGGAUCCCAGAGAGUCCUUCUCCUGUUCCCUCUCUGGAAGAGAAUCAUCAUCCUGGGAGUCAGACUUCCUCCCACCCCAGCAGCAGUGUGUCCAGCUCUCCCUCUCAGACGGAUCACCAUUCAGAGAGGAUGGCUAUGAUGCCCAACAAUAGAGAGGAACUUACUGUUGAUCAGGAUAAUGGACCAAACAUCAAAAAAUUCCAAAGGGAUAAUAAAGAAGAAGUAUCAUUUCAAAUUCCAAUGAUGAGGUCACCCUUGGACAAGAUCCAACUGACUCCUGGGCAGGCAUUGCCUCCUGGAUUCCCUGGACCGUUCAUUUUUGCUGAUAGUCUGUCCUCCGUGGAGACUCUGUUGACCAACAUUCAGGGCCUACUGAAAGUGGCUUUGGAUAAUGCUCACAUCCAGGAGAAGCAGAUUCAACAAGAAAAAAAGGAACUGCGAAUGGAGCUCUAUAGAGAGAGAGAAAUUAGAGAAAACCUUGAAAGACAGCUCGCAGUUGAGCUUCAAAGCAGAACUACCAUGCAAAAGCGUCUGAAGAAGGAGAAAAAAGCCAAGAGAAAAUUGCAGGAAGCCUUGGAAUUUGAAUCAAAGCGCCGGGAAAAAGUGGAACAAGCACUUAGGCAAGCCACUACUAGUGACAGUGGCCUGAGGAUGUUGAAAGAUACUGGAAUUCCAGACAUUGAAAUAGACAACAAUGGGACUCCUCAUGAGAGUACUGCUAUGCAAGAAAAAUGUGAAAGCUUAUUCAGAGAAUAUAGACUAGCCAUUCUAAAAUAUAAAAAACAUGAUCUCAUCUAUGCAGCACUUGGUGAAGAUGCCCCUGAAGAAUUAAAAGAAGGUGACUAA